AGACAACACUCCCACUGACAGUGACAUGAACAACAGUCCGACAGCAGCAGGUGCACUAUAGCACAGUGAUUUUACCUGAUGACGUCCAAGUCCAAGGCCCAGUGGUCCCCGUUGCCACGGACAGAGAUCCUUGUGUACUGGGUGCUUUCCAUUGGCUCACACCUCUACUCCUUCUACCAACUGCACAGGUUCUCCAAAGAGCAUGAAGCAGGGCUGGCAAGAGAAUUCCAGCUGGAAGAAGGUCUACUUAAGGGUUUUAAAAGGGACCCUUCAGACUUUGAGUGGAGCUUCUGGACUCAAUGGGCCAAGAAGUCCUUACUUUGGACUCUGACUGGUCAUGGCAUCUUAUCCAGAUUCACCAGCAGCUUUUACCCAAAGCUUAGGGUGCCAGUGCUCACGAUAUACGGCCUCGUAGCAGCCAGCAGCGUGUUGGGGGUUAACGGUGUGACUGUGCUGCUGGUGCAUCUGGCUCUGACCUUCUCAGUGGCCCGGCUGCGGAAGCCCGCUCUGUCGUGGGGGUGUAACCUGCUGCUGCUCUCCACCCUCCACAUCCAGCCACUUCAAGAGAUCCAGAGAGGCUGGUACGAGACUGAGGAGGAGUACUAUCUGCUGCUCUUCAGCGUUGCUGUCUGUGGUCUGCGCUUCAUCAGCUUCAGCCUGGAGCACUGCUGGUGCCCCGCAGGCCGGGGGGGUGUAGUGCAGCUCGGCUGGCUGUUUUCAUACACCUUCUAUCAUCCCUUUUUCUACAAUGGACCCAUCAUCCCGUACAAAGACUACACCGAGCAGAUGCAGAGACCUGCCGAGGAGAGCGACAGGGACGGAUCUGCUCUCAGAUACUUGGUGCUCAGAUCCGGACGCAUCGUUCUGUGGUGGUGCGUCGCAGAAUACAUGAUCCACGCUAUGUACAUGCACUCCAUCCAGUCUAACGAGACCUACUUAGAAAUGAUUCCUCCUUGGGCCUUGGGCGGUCUGGCCUUGGCCCUCGUCCAGUUCUUCUAUGUGAAGUAUCUGGUGCUCUUCGGCCUUCCAUCCAUGCUCGCUACUUUGGAUAACCUGGUUCCCCCAAAGCUUCCAUCUUGUGUCAGCAUCAUGCACAGUUUCACAGGGAUGUGGAGGCACUUUGACGAGGGGCUGUACCGAUGGCUCAUCAGAUACAUCUAUGUGCCGUUGGGAGGUGCACGACACGGCCCUCUGUCUAAAAUCCUCUCCACUGGUCUUGCGUUUGGAUUUGUGUGCGUCUGGCACGGGGGGCGGGACUACCUGCAGUACUGGGCCCUGAUGAACUGGGCCGGAGUUCUGGUGGAGAACGGAUUCAAGUCGCUCUUUGCUGCGUCCUCUAUUCACUGCAUUGUCGAGCAGUAUUUCUCUGCAGCGAUGAGAAGGCGCUCCGUCGCUCUCCUCUCUGCCUUCUCCACUGCGAUGCUCAUCCUCUCUAAUCUGGUGUUCCUCGGGGGGACACACGUUGGCAGAAUCUUCUGGAAGCGUGUCGUCAUUCAAGGCUGGUCUACGGUGGCCCCACCAAUGCUGGCGUUCCUCUACUGCUUCGCUCACAUUGGACUGGAGUGGACUUCUCAGCCGCCAUGAGUCACCUUGACUUUGAAUCGCAGCGGGAGCGUCCGAGCGACCGGACAAACCAGAACGAGUCCAGUGCCUUGCUCGCACCCCCCCGUGCCUCUCUGGCUCGUGGCCACGGAACCCGUCCCAACCUGGCUGAGGUGCAGCGGAGCAGCUGCUUCCCACAACCUGCAGGACCAAGAGAGAACCUGUCUGCUGGGACUUAAAGGAUCAGUGUGUGGGCUUCUUUCCAAGAGGAGGGUUUCCUUUAAAUGUAAUAAACUGUAAGAGAACCAGGGUGAUGCCGUAAAUUCCCGAGCAGGCGUUCAGAUAAGUCACAUCUUUGCUGUGUUGAGGCCUGUUUCCACCGAAUGAGCUGCACUGGUUCACUGUUAUUCUGAGAAACAGCAAAGCAGAAUAUGGACCUGGAAUCAGUCCUGGUUCUAUGACUCUGAUAGGAUAUUGCUCAGUGGUGCGGUGAGGUGGAUAAAUUCCUGUUUACUGUCGUCCUGUAGUUAGCCACAUGACGUGUGUUUCCAGAGGCAGAGGAGCCGGAGCAGAGCAGCUGAUCAGUGUCAGUCUCUCUCUGUCGACGCUAAUAUUAGAAGAUGUGUUGCUCAAAAGCUUCACAGAGUUGAAUUAUCACAGUUUCACAGGAAAACAUAGUUUGGAGCAAGGAUUUUUUU